AUGCCCCAGUCCGGUGUCUCUGCUCAGUGCGGGGCAAAGAAGAGAGAGAGACCGGGAGCUAAAGGACAGCGCGGGACUAGUGCGCCCAGGCGUGGGUUGCCCGGCGCGACUCCAGCGCACCGCCUCUCCCUGUGGCUGCGGGAGAGUCCCGGAGAGACGUGCAAGUUCGUCUUGCGCAUCCCGCUGCUUUCUGUCACAGAAAGCUUUGCCAGUGUCAUCCAUGGCCUAAAGGUACAGCAUCUAACAGACCGAGUUAUUCAGAGAAGCAAAAGGAUGAUCCUGGACACUCUGGGGGUCGGUCUACUGGGGACCAACACAGAAGUCUUCCACAAAACUACACAAUAUAGUAAGAUUUUCAGCACUGAUGUAUCCAGCUGCGUCUGGGGACAGCCAGACCUCAGGCUCCCACCCGUAUAUGCAGCUUUCGUGAAUGGAGUAGCUGUUCACUCAAUGGAUUUUGAUGAUACAUGGCACCCAGCUACACAUCCUUCAGGGCCGGUACUUCCUGUCCUCUUGGCUUUAUCAGACGCCUUUCCUCGAAAUCCCAGGUUCUCUGGACUUGACCUGCUGCUGGCUUUCAAUGUUGGGAUUGAAGUACAAGGCCGUUUAAUGCAUUUCUCCAAGCAGGCCAGUGACAUACCAAAGAGAUUCCAUCCACCAGCUCUUGUGGGCACUUUGGGAAGUGCUGCUGCAGCAGCCAAGUUUUUAGGGCUUGACCAGACAAAGUGCAGAGAGGCCAUAGCUAUUGCCGUUUCCUAUGCAGGAGCACCCAUGGCGAAUGCUGCCACACAGACCAAACCCCUCCACGUUGGCAAUGCAGCCAGGCAUGGCUUAGAAGCUGCUUUCCUGGCUUUGCUGGGCCUUCAGGGGAACCAGGAGAUCUUGGACACAGAGGCAGGGUUUGGAGCCUUCUAUUCCACGUAUGCCCCACAAGCCCUCCCAGCUUUGGAAUCUUACACUUUGCUGUUGGACCAGCAAGGCAUAGCCAUGAAGCGCUUCCCUGCCCACUUAGGAACACACUGGGUUGCAGAUGCAGCUGCUUCUGUGAAGAAGUACUUGCUCCCCACCGAUAGGAUCAAAAGAAUUGUGCUCAGAAUCCCUGAUGUCAAAUACGUGAAUAGGCCUUUCCCAGUUUCGGAGCACGAAGCCCGGCACUCCUUCCAGUUCAUUGCCUGUACCAUGUUGCUUGAUGGUGACAUCUCAAUCCAAUCAUUCCAUGACAGCCAGAUUGGCAGGCCUCACAUAAGGGAACUACUCCAUAAAGUAGAGCUGGAGUGCCCUCCUGACAAUCACCCUAGCUUUGAUACCCUCUACUGUGAGGUAAGUGUUACCCUGGAGAGUGGAAAAUGCUUCACGGAGCGCUGCGAUACUUUCUACGGUCACUGGAGGAAACCACUGCACCAAGAAGAUUUAGAAGAAAAAUUCCGAGUCAAUUCUUCCACUGUGCUCUCCUCUGAGGCAGUAGAAGGUAUUAUAAAGACAGUGGCUAGGUUAGAAGACUUGGAGGAUUGUUCUUUGCUAACCACAUUUUUAAAGGGGCCUUGUCUCCCCAAGAAGAUUUCAGAAUGUACUCAGCAUGUACUUUCCACCCGUAGCCACGCCUGA